AUGGCCGUACCUUCUGGAAAAGUUCCUCCAACAGAGGAGAAACUGGAAGGUGCCCUGCAGCCAACAACAUCUGAAUCUGUCACGACGCCUCAAGACCCAGAAAAACAUCAGGGAGAGACCUGGAAGACUGGUUCAGCCUCGACCUCAACCGGCGCGGAUAAGAAAGACGACAAGGCCCAAACAACAGCAGCCCCGUCUGCAACCGAGCUUGACACUCUUCUCGAACAGUUACCAGAGGACGAGAGGAAGAUUUUGCAAGAGCAACUUAAAUCUCCGACGGUCUCGGUGAGCUUUUUCGCAUUGUAUAGAUAUGCAGACAAGUGGGAUUAUCUCGUGCUACUCAUCAGUGCCAUUUGUGCCAUUGCUGGAGGCGCUGCCCUCCCUCUAUUUACAAUCCUCUUCGGCCAAUUAACAAAUGCCUUCCAAGGAAUCUUCCUAGACACCAUCUCCUAUGAUAAUUUCCACUCGGAGCUAGUCAAAAAUGUGCUGUAUUUCAUUUAUAUUGGUAUCGCCGAAUUCGCGACCAUCUACGUUUCCACCGUCGGUUUCAUCUAUACCGGAGAACACGUCACCCAAAAGAUUCGUGAGGCUUAUUUGGAAGCCAUUCUGAGACAGAAUAUUGCCUACUUCGACAAUUUAGGUGCUGGCGAGAUUACCACUCGUAUUACUGCCGAUACAAAUCUCAUCCAAGAUGGUAUCUCUGAAAAGGUGGGGCUUACUCUGACUGCAACCGCAACUUUUAUCACUGCAUUUAUCAUCGCCUACAUCAAGUACUGGAAAUUGGCUCUUAUUUGCUCCUCAACCAUCGUCUGCCUGGUUUUGAUCAUGGGCGGUGGCUCGCGUUUCAUCGUCAAGUUUAAUAAACAGUCGCUCCAAAGUUAUGCUGUUGGAGGAAGUGUCGCUGAGGAAGUCCUCAGCUCUAUCCGGACUGCUACCGCGUUUGGUAACCAGGAAAGGCUGGCUCAACAAUACGAUGUCCAUCUUAGAGAGGCUGAAAAAUGGGGGGUAAGACUGCAGUUGAUUCUUGCGUUGAUGAUCGGUGGUAUGUUUGGUGUUAUGUUCCUGAAUUACGGAUUAGGCUUUUGGAUGGGAUCUCGAUUCCUCGUUGACCACGAAGUUGUUGUCGGUCAAGUCAUAACGGUGCUCAUGUCUAUUCUGAUCGGAUCAUUCAGCUUAGGGAAUGUAGCGCCAAACGGUCAAGCAUUUACCAGUGCUGUCGCUGCCGCGGCGAAAAUCUACAGCACCAUCGAUCGCAAGUCUCCUCUUGACCCUACAUCUGAUGAGGGCGAAAUCAUCGACGGAUUAAAAGGUACCAUUGAACUGCGCAAUAUUAAGCACAGGUAUCCAUCACGCCCAGAUGUCCCAGUGAUGGAUGACGUUAGCCUGCUGAUUCCUGCCGGCAAGACUACAGCUUUAGUCGGCCCUUCAGGCUCUGGAAAAAGCACGGUCAUCGGAUUAGUCGAGCGCUUCUACAACCCAGUCCGUGGAGGUGUCUUCUUAGAUGGGCAUAACAUUCAAUCACUCAAUUUGCGAUGGUUGCGCCAGCAGGUUUCACUUGUCAGUCAGGAACCUAUCCUCUUUGCCACGACAAUUUACGAAAACGUCCGAUUUGGUCUCAUCGGUACCCCAUUUAUCAACGAAGGGGACGAAAAGGUCCAAGAACGGAUUCGACAGGCUCUAGAGAUGGCUAAUGCUCUUGAAUUUGUUACCGCUUUGCCUGAAGGCUUGGACACUCAUGUAGGUGAACGUGGAUUCUUACUUUCAGGUGGUCAGAAGCAGCGUAUUGCAAUUGCUCGUGCUGUUGUUAGCGACCCCAAGAUUCUGUUACUGGACGAAGCAACAUCUGCCCUGGACACCAAAUCCGAGGGCGUGGUCCAAGCUGCUCUAGAUAAGGCUGCAGAAGGUCGUACCACCAUUGUAAUCGCACAUCGACUAUCUACUAUAAAGGGUGCUCAUAAUAUUGUGGUAUUGGUGAAUGGUAAAAUUGAGGAACAAGGAACUCAUGACGAAUUAUUGGACAGCAAUGGUGCCUACCACAAGUUGGUUGAAGCGCAACGUAUCAACGAGGAGAAGGAUGCACUCUCAGCUAAGGAUGUGGACUUGGACGAUAUGGAAAAUGAAAACGAGCUUCAGCAAACCAUUUCUCGGGUCAAAAUGUCUCGUACCCUGACUUCUAAGAGUACCGGUAGCGGGCGUGCAAUUGAUGAGAAGUCUCCCGACUUUCUCGACAGACAAAGCACUAAGAAAUCGAUCUCCAGUAUUGCCCUCGGAAAAAGGGGCGCUGAAAAGGAGCAUCAUUACUCACUGUUUACGUUGAUCAAGUUCAUAUUCUCCUUCAAUCGACCUGAACUCCUCUAUAUGCUUACUGGUCUUGUCUUCGCUGUUAUCUCCGGAGGCGGUCAGCCCACACAAGCAGUCAUCUUUUCGAAAGCUAUCACUACUUUGGCCUUACCUGAAAGUGAAUUUGCUAAAUUGAGACACGAUGCCAAUUUUUGGUCUCUUAUGUUCCUCAUGCUUGGCCUCGUUCAGCUGCUUGUGCACUCUACCCAAGGAGCUGCUUUCGCUUUCAGCUCCGAGAAACUAGUUCGUCGAGCACGGCUCCAGGCUUUCAGAGCCAUGCUGCGCCAGGAUAUUAGUUUCUUCGAUCGGGAUGAAAAUACCACGGGUGCUUUGACUUCAUUCCUCUCAACUGAAACGAAACAUUUAUCCGGAAUUAGUGGAGUUACCCUCGGGACAAUUCUCAUGGUAUCAACAACUUUAAUUGCAUCGUUGACUAUUUCACUCGCUAUCGGAUGGAAAUUGGCACUUGUCUGUAUUUCUGUUGUUCCAGUUUUGCUAGCCUGCGGUUUCUAUCGCUUCUGGAUGCUAGCUCAAUUUCAAUCGAGGUCAAAGAAGGCCUAUGAGGCCUCGGCUAGCUAUGCGUGCGAAGCAACCUCUGCUAUUCGCACUGUCGCUUCUUUAACUAGGGAAGAAGACGUCCUGCGCAUCUAUCAUGGUCAGUUAGCAGCACAGGCGCGUAAGAGCCUUGUUUCGGUUCUCCGAUCUUCCUUACUGUAUGCUGCUUCACAAGGUGUAUCUUUCUUCUGCAUGGCUCUAGGGUUCUGGUAUGGUGGAGAACUCCUUGGCAAGCACCAGUAUACACUGUUCCAAUUUUUUGUUUGCUUCUCCGAAGUUAUUUUUGGAGCACAGUCUGCGGGUACUGUUUUCUCUUUCGCCCCUGAUAUGGGAAAAGCAAAGAAUGCUGCCUCCGAGUUCAAGAAGUUGUUUGAUCGCAUACCAGCUAUCGAUGUAUGGUCCCAGGAUGGCGAGAAACUUGACCAUGCUGAGGGUACUAUUGAAUUCCGCGAUGUCCAUUUUAGGUACCCAACACGCCCCGAACAGCCUGUCCUUCGUGGACUUGAUUUGACCGUCAAGCCGGGCCAAUAUGUUGCCCUUGUCGGUGCAAGUGGGUGUGGCAAGAGUACAACUAUUGCCCUUCUGGAGCGAUUUUAUGAUCCUUUGUCAGGAGGAGUCUACAUAGAUGGCAAGGAUAUCUCGAGUUUAAAUGUCAACUCUUACCGGAGUCACUUGGCUCUAGUGAGCCAAGAACCGACGCUCUAUCAAGGCACCAUCCGUGACAAUAUUCUUCUGGGUACGAAUGAGAUCGAUGUUUCUGAAGAGGCAAUCAUCGGCGCCUGCAAGAACGCUAACAUCUACGACUUUAUUCUGUCUCUCCCGGAUGGAUUUGAUACAGUGGUUGGCAGCAAAGGCGGCAUGCUUUCUGGUGGACAGAAGCAACGCGUUGCCAUUGCUCGCGCAUUGCUUCGUGACCCCAAGAUCCUACUAUUAGAUGAAGCCACCUCAGCUCUUGACUCUGAAUCUGAGAAGGUGGUUCAAGCUGCACUAGAUGCCGCCGCUCGUGGCCGGACAACUAUUGCGGUCGCUCAUCGACUCAGUACCAUUCAAAAGGCCGACAUUAUCUAUGUGUUCGAUCAAGGCAAAAUCGUGGAAAGCGGAAACCAUCAGGAUCUCCUUCGCAACAAGGGCCGUUAUUAUGAACUGGUGAACCUACAAAGCCUAGGAAAAACUCACUGA